AUGUCUCGUACGCUCGGUGUUCUUGCCCUCAGUGCUGCUGUCAAGGUCGCCCUUGCUGGCACACUUCAGACAUGCUCUUCCAGCUCACCAUUGAGCUGUAGCAGCAGCAGUACUAAGGGUACUUGCUGCUACGAGGCCCCCGGUGGACUUUUGCUCCAGACACAAUUCUGGGACUAUAGUCCUUCUAUUGGUCCUUCCGACUCCUGGGGAAUCCACGGUCUUUGGCCUGAUAACUGCGAUGGAUCUUACGAUGAGAAUUGCGACUCCUCACGUGAAUACAACGAUAUCACCUCUCUGAUCCAGAAUGCCGGCAAGACCGACUUGCUCGACUACAUGAAUACUUACUGGCAGAGUAACGAUGAGUCCAGCGAGUCCUUCUGGGAGCACGAGUGGGCUACACACGGUACUUGCGUCAACACCAUUGACCCAUCGUGCUAUUCCGACUACUCAACUGGUGAUGAGGCUGUGGACUUUUUCCAGCAGGUUGUUGAUCUGUUCAAGACUUUAGAUACUUUUUCUGCCCUGUCAAAUGCUGGCAUCACCCCAGAUGAUAGCCAGACUUAUUAUCUCAGCGACAUUGAGGAUGCUGCAUCUGCUAUCCACGGCGGCAAGGUUCCAUACUUUGGUUGCUCCAAGGGCGCCCUCUCGUCUGUUUACUACUAUUUCUACCUCUCUGGAAACGCCAUCAAUGGAACCUAUAGUCCUGUGGACUCUCCCAAUAGCUCGAACUGCCCCAGCUCCGGUAUCAAGUACCCUCCCAAGUCUAGUUAG